AUGUGUGUGGGGAAGUGCAGUCGGAUUGUGGGUCCCUGCCUGCUGGCACUGGGCAUGCUCUCCGUGGCAGCCAACAUCCUCCUGCUCUUUCCCGGCGGGGCAUCGAAGUACCUGGUGGAGGGGCACAUCAGCAAGCACGCCAAAGCCAUGCCGGGUGUCUGGGGAGGCGGCAUCACCGUGCUGCUGGCAGCAGCCCACAUCACGGCGGUGGGGUGGCGAUGCGCUGGCUGCUCUGACUGCGGCACCCGUUGCAAUGCUUUCAUCUCUGCUGUGCUCUCCAAGCUGGCUCUCCUGGGCGCUGCCGCCUGCUUCGUCCUCUCCGGGGUGGGUUUGACUAAUGGACCCCUCUGCUUCUACAAUGCCUCCGAGCACGGCCACGGGCAUGGUACCCUCUGGGGUUACCCCUUCUUGGAUGCCAGCAGCCAGGAGCCUGACGCCAGGGCAGAGAACUACCUGCACUAUCGUCACAACUGGAGCAUCUGCCUGGAGCCAGCAGGCAUUGUGACCUGGAACGUCAUCCUUUUCUCCGUCCUGCUGCUUAUCAGUGCUGCCGAGAUGGUGCUGGCCUCCCUCCAAAUCCUCAACGGCUGCCUUGGGUGCCUCUGUGGCUUUUGCGAGGGGAAGUAG